GUGUCAGUGUGGCACUAUAACAAUGCCAGCUCCCCCAGGGUUGCUCUAAUCAGGCUUUCAUCAGUUCUCUCCUAGGCAUAUAAAAACCUUCCCGGGGAGGAGGGGAAAGGCAUUUGGAUUGCUCCUUAUUCAGCACCAGCAUAAGGGAUAGCUCUCCACCAAACGGCCCUGCUGCCUGAUUCCCCCUGCGGUGGAGAGACACAAUUACACAGGCCACAAUGCAACCCGCAAUGAUGAUGUUCUCCAGCAAAUACUGGGCAAGACGAGGCCUUUCUCUGGACUCCGCUGUGCCCUUGGAGCAUCCGCUACAUGGCAACCUGACUCAAAACAGAACCAAUUCUGGUAAAAAUGAUGACAAAAAGGGUAAUAAAGGUGCAGGCAAGUAUGAAUCAACGUCAGAAGGUGGCAAGACCGCUGUGGUGUUUUCUUUGAAAAAUGAAGUUGGUGGCUUGGUAAAAGCACUCAGACUUUUCCAGGAAAAGCAUGUGAGUAUGGUUCAUAUUGAAUCAAGGAAAUCAAAGAGAAGGAGUUCAGAAGUGGAAAUUUUUGUGGACUGUGACUGCAGCAAGAAACAAUUCAAUGAGCUUAUUCAGUUGUUAAAGUAUGAAACAAACAUUGUCACUCUGAACCCUCCGGAAAACAUCUGGACUGAUGAGGAAGAGCUUGACUGUGUUCCCUGGUUCCCCAGGAAGAUUGCUGAAUUAGACAAAUGCUCCCAAAGAGUUUUAAUGUAUGGCUCUGAACUGGAUGCAGACCACCCUGGAUUUAAGGACAACGUCUAUCGGCAGAGAAGAAAAUAUUUUGUAGAUGUUGCCAUGAAUUAUAAAUAUGGCCAGCCAAUUCCUAGGUUGGACUAUACCCCAGAAGAAAUAAAAACAUGGGGCGUUGUGUUCAGGGAACUUACUAAACUCUACCCAACUCAUGCAUGUCGAGAGUACUUGAAAAACUUCCCUUUGCUGACAAAGCAUUGUGGCUACAGAGAGGAUAAUGUCCCUCAACUGGAGGAUGUUGCUAUGUUUCUUAAAGAAAGGUCUGGCUUUACAGUCAGACCAGUUGCUGGAUAUUUGUCACCUCGGGAUUUCUUAGCAGGCCUUGCUUAUCGGGUUUUCCACUGUACCCAGUACAUACGCCACGGCUCCGACCCCCUCUACACUCCUGAACCUGAUACCUGCCAUGAACUCCUGGGACAUGUGCCUCUGCUUGCUGAUCCUAAAUUUGCCCAGUUUUCUCAAGAGAUUGGACUGGCGUCCCUGGGAGCAUCUGAUGAAGAUGUCCAAAAACUUGCCACUUGCUAUUUUUUCACCAUUGAAUUUGGUCUUUGCAAGCAAGAAGGACAAUUACGAGCUUAUGGAGCAGGUCUUCUGUCUUCCAUCGGAGAGCUCAAGCAUGCUCUGUCUGAUAAAGCGAAUGUGAAAACGUUUGAUCCAAAGACAACCUGCAUGCAAGAAUGCCUUAUCACAACUUUUCAGGAAGCUUACUUCGUCUCAGAAAGUUUUGAAGAAGCCAAAGAGAAGAUGAGGGACUUUGCAAAAUCGAUCAACCGCCCCUUUUCUGUAUAUUUCAAUCCAUAUACCCAGAGCAUAGAAAUUCUGAAAGAUACUAGAAGUAUCGAAAAUGUUGUCCAGGAUCUUCGCAGUGACUUGAACACAGUGUGUGAUGCUUUAAGCAAAAUGAACAGAUACUUGGGCAUAUGACCCCAGAAAUAUGAUGAGAUGUGCUUAACUUUUUAGCAUACUGUCAAUUCUGUCUUUAUUGCAUGGCCAACAUACUUGUUUAGUGUAUCCUUUUAUCAACACAUUGUCUUCAGAUAUAUCAAUAAAAACAAGCAAAUUCACAAAUGGAACAUACUGAUCUAAAUUCUAUUGCUAAUCUGAACCAUCAUAGAUCCAUUGAAUCAAAUACAUUUACUACUUAUUGAUCCAAAAUUUAACAUUGAUUUGAUAAGUCUACUCAACCAGUAGGAUUCACUUUUAUGUUGCCACCUGCUUGUAAAAAUACCUUAGGAUAAUUAAUAAAAUCUUUUUUUUUAUGUCAGGAGCGACUUCGGAAACUGUAAGUCACUUCUGGUGUGAGAGAAUUGGCUAUCUUCAAGGACAUUGCCCAGGGGACUCCCAGAUGUUUUUGAUGUUUUUACCACCUUGUGGGAGGCUUCUCUCAUGUCCCUGAGACGGGAGCUCACCCCUCUCCCCGGAUUCGAACCACCAACUUGUCAGCCAGCAGUUCUGUUGACACAAGGGUUUAACCCAUUGGGCCACUGUGGGUGCCAACAAAAUCAAUAAAAUAUACACAUAAUAACACAAACACAUAACUAAUAUAAAAAGUAUAAUCAAACAAUCAAUUGGAGUCAUUACACACACACACAUGAAAUAACACUUUCUGGAGGGGAAAAGUCUUCAGUUAUUUCUUGUAGCAAACCAACCAAACAGGUAUGAUAUGGGAAUGAUUACAUAAAAAGUGGCAGCAUAAUUGUGCCAGCCAACUUGAUCUCAAGUAAUGGAAGCACUUAAUCCAUGGCUAAGUGUGACCAUUUUGUAGAAGUCUAUGCAGAACAAGGUAUUCCAGGAAAUACAAUCUAGUCUUCAGAUGGUAGUACCAGAACUUAAAAUUAUGUCUGAAACAAACUGGGAGUUACUGCAUUUCUUUCUGCAUAUAUAUAAUGUGCCUUUUUCCCCACCAUCAUUAAUAAAUUAGAAACCAUAUUUUCAACCAGUUGUAAUUUCAGUAUGAGCUUCAAGGACAGUUAUAGUAUACAUUAUAGAAGGUCUAAUCUUUAGGAUAUCAUGUAAAACCAUGUCAUACAUCUCUAGCUCUGCACAGCUGGUAAUACCGUAUGUGGCUUCCGAUGUUUGUUGAAUUUUCAGUAACAGCUAGAAACAGGCGCCCUCCUUAUUUUGUUCUUCAGAGAAAGCAGAAUUUCUUAUUGAGAAGAUAAACCAGCAACUCUUCGAUACAACCAACAAUUCACAGAAGUGUAUAGACUGCUUAUUCAUGCUGAUUAAUUCCUUGUUGAAUGCAGCAUCAACUCUUGAGCUGAAUGCAAAACACUCACCAAAUACCACAGCAUCACCUCAACUACAAUGCUUUGCAAUUGAGUCAUCAAGUGUUGAGUAAUCAAGUGAUGUACACUGAUGUAUAAGACGACUCUGGUGUCAUCCAUAAAUAUGUAUAUAAAGAGCUUUACUGGGCGUUGAUUUUAUUUUGCUUGAAAAGUAGCUUUUCAAAAACAAAACAUAAGAAACAAUUCUCUUCAUAAGGGCAACACAUUUCCUCCUUCACAACUACACCAGAACUUGUGAGGAACACCACACCACCACAUUUUUUUCACUUUUCUUGUAAGUGAAGAUAGCUUCUGUUUGUUGGGGGUGAUUCCCCUGCCCCCAGCAUUUUUAUGUUUGGAUGGCUCUUAUGAAUAUGUUAAAUAGUAGUUUAUGUAAUAUGAUGAAGUCAUAUUACCAUUAAAUGAUUGUUGGGGAAUGCAAACAAUAACAUGCAAAAUGGGAAAGCAAUUGAAAGUGGUCAAGUUAUUACAGAGCUUUGAAAUACGUUUUAUUUUAUCUAUAUGGAUACAAAUGUCAGUAAUGGAAAGAGCCAGUGUGGUAUUGUGGUCUGAGUAUUUGACUAGGACUCCUGGAAACCAAGUUCUAAUAUUCACAGAUGAAAGCAAAUGCAAAACCCUUCUAAACAAAUUCUGCUAAGAAAACUCUAUGAUAAGAAUCUUAUAGAGUCAUCAUAAGUCAGAAGUUACUUGAAGGCACAUAACAAUCUGUACUGGAUAUAUACAUAUGAUCGAGUUUAGUUCAGAGUGUUCCUUCCUUGAAAAGAAGGGAUCCUGUUCGCAAAAAAUGAAAUAAAAAACAAUCUUCUUCUGGGAAGAAGG